AUCAAAUAUCGAAUAUAAAAGGAGCUAACCGAAACACAUUACGAUGGAAAAUGGCGGUAUCUCCCUAUCUUCGAAUCUGCCAAUUUUUAUGUUUUUUCAUUGCUAUUAUGGCGAAUACCGUACUGCUGUAUUUGAUUAAAAUUCGAGCUGGAGCCUCAUUCGGAAGAUAUCGAAUUAUGAUGAUUACAUUUUCAAUCUAUGCGAUCAUUUACGCAACAAUUGAGAUUUUAACUCUACCAGUAAUGCAUCUUCACGGAUCUGGAAUUUUGUUUUAUGUGAACAGUGUUCUGAAGGAUCAUAUUUCUGCUGGAGUUAUCAUUUCAACAAUGUACUGUGGAUCAUUUGCAUUCUGUAUCUCCAUGCUUGCCACUCACUUCAUUUUCAGAUACAUUGCAGUUUGCAAAAACAACAAACUCCACUAUUUUGAAGGAAUUAAUGUGUACCUAUGGCUUAUCCCACCGUUCUUCUUUUUCACAAUUUGGGGUUCAUCAAUCUAUAUUAAUUUUGGACCGAAUCAGAUGAAGAAGGAUUACUUCAGAAAUGUGACUUUGGAAUUGUAUGACGAAGAUAUUGACAAAAUUGCUUUUAUCGCUCCUUUGUAUUUUACUCGAGGGGAAGAUGGGAGUCGUCAGUUCAAUUUUCCUGAUUUGUUUGGAGCAUUUUUGAGCUGCAAUAUUAUGAGUAUUUGUUUUGGAACAUGUAUUGUUUGUGCCUAUAAAACCUACAAGAAGCUCAAUGAUUUUUCAAUUCAAAUGAGCAAAAGAACAAGAGCACUCAAUAAGCAAUUAUUUCUGACUCUUGGACUUCAAACUCUCCUACCAUGCUUUACUCAAUAUAUACCAGUCGGGCUUAUUUUUAUUCUUCCGCUUUUUGAAGUUGAAGUUGGAAAAGCUGGAAAUCUUGUUGGAGUGACAUGUUGUUUAUACCCUGCCAUGGAUCCAUUGAUUGCAAUUUUCAUGAUCGAUCGGUUCCGUAACUUUAUUUUUAGAAAAGAGUCACCAUCGACAACGAAAAGCUCAAAAAUUUCUGCUAUCAAUUCGGAAGGGUUUUCAUCAACUGGAAAAUAGAAUAACGAUGUGAAUUCUCUGUGAUUUUGUAUAAUAAAAGACGUUCUUGGA